GCGCCUCAGACACAGUGGACUCGUGAGGAAUCAACUGGUGUGAAGUGGUGUGAAUGUGGACCUUUUAAGCUUUGAUCGGGAUUUUUACACUCCUACAAAGUGCAGCAGUUCCGUUUACUACAGCUGCCGAAGUGCGGUGGGUUUCAUUAAUGUUUCAAGUGUAGCCCCCCUUUCGUCCGCGCAGCUGAAGCCCCCAUCCCCGUGCACAAUGAGUGUGUGCGCCUGCAGCGCUUCAUACCUGUGGAGGUGGCUGCUGACGGCUCUGUUGUUCUUGGCUGCAGUGCCGCCAACGAGCGGUGACUGCCCCAGAUCAUGCGCCUGCUAUGUUCCCACUGAAGUGCACUGCACCUUCAGAUACCUGACCGCGAUACCUGACCACAUCCAGCCAGCUGUGGAAAGAAUUAACCUCGGGUACAACAGUAUAACUGUCCUGAGAGAAAAUGAUCUUUUAGGACUUGAGAACUUGGAGCUGUUGAUGCUGCAUAGCAACACUAUCCACAGUAUUGAAGACAGAGCCUUCCAAGACCUCAAGUCUCUACAGGUCCUGAAGAUGUCCUUCAAUAAGGUGAAGAAAAUCAAUAAAGAGACAUUCAAAGGCUUGGAGAGUCUGCUGAGGCUCCACAUGGACCACAACAACAUUGAGUUCAUCAGCCCAGAGGCUUUCUACGGCCUAACCAACCUGCAGUUGGUCCAUCUGGAGGGUAACCACCUUCAGCAGCUCCACCCAGACACAUUCAUCACACUGAGACACAGCCAGGUGUUCAAGGUGUCCUCAGUAAGAAACAUCCACCUGUCGGACAACCUGCUCACAACUCUGCCUGCAGAUAUUUUCUCAGGCUGCAGCCAGUUAGAGAACCUCUUCCUCCAUGGCAACCCAUGGACAUGCGAUUGCCGUAUGAAAUGGUUUUCAGUGUGGGCACAGAGGAACACAGGUGUGCUGAAAUGCAAGCGAGACCGAAGAUAUCCGACAGGCCAGCUGUGUCCCGUUUGCGAAAAUCCUGCUCCUUACCACAACAGAACUCUAUCCUUUCUCCCCAGUGAUGCCUUCACUUGUACUAAACCCUGGAUCCAACCCCAUCUAAAACAGAAAAACAUCAGCCUGGAUGAGGGGGACUUUACUCCAGUUUCCCCCAAGGACUUCAUUGCCCCAUUAGGUUCCAUACAAAUGAAUCUGACUAACCAGUUUCACAAUGAUGCCAGCCUAUCCUGCACUGUCCAGAGGCCCUCUGCUUUUGAGAACCUGACACAAACAUUGGAGGAGGAGGAGGGAAACAAUGUCACCUUACUAACCACUACCAUAACUACGUAUUUGGUCUGUAACAUUGACCAUGAACAGAUACAGCAGCUGUGGCAGAUCCUUGCCACCUACAGUGACUCUCCAAUGAGACUGGGAAGAGGCUUAAUGCUGGCCAGAAGCCCAGAAAUGGUGUACAGGUAUAGUCAGAUAAAACCAAAAGAUGAAGAGGAAGGAAUUCAUACAAACAUUGAGGCUGAGAUUAAAGCCUCCCCUGCAUGGUUGAUGCAGGGAGAGGUGAGCUUCCAACUUGACCGCACUACUACCACUUUUUCUACUUUGCACAUUAAAUAUCAGUCUGUGGUCAACCUACGUGUGGAAAACAGAUUACCUAAGAGGGACCGCUAUUCCUGGACCAUGAUCAAGCGAGAUAAUCAAACCAAGACUGAUCAUGCUGUAAUUACAGGUGGUGUGACACAGUUAAACUGUGAAAUCCAGGGUGAGCCAAAGCCUUUGUUGGAGUGGAUUUUACCAGAUGGAAGUAAGAUCAGAGCUCCUUACUACAGUGAGGACAGGCGGAUCGUAAUCGCUGCUGAUGGGAAGCUCACUCUACGGGGUGCAGAUGUCUCUGAUGCGGGUGUCUACAGGUGCAUUUCCACAAACUACCUGGAUGCAGAUAUCCUCAUAUUUCGAGUGACAGUUCUGUCCCCUGAUGUGGAAGAAAUUGAGGUCAACGGUGUACAACUCUCAAGACCACUGGGUGGAAAUCUGUUUUUUGACUGUAGCUCCACUGGGAGUCCUGAGGCCUCAGUCCAUUGGAUACUCCCUGAUCACUCAGUUCUGGACAAGUCUCAUGGGAACAGGAAAGUCUUUGAGAAUGGAACCUUGCUGAUCGAGGGUCUCACAGCGAGGGAUAGAGGAUUUUAUAGGUGUUUAGUUGCUAAUAACUUAGGAGUUGACCUGCUUGUGUCUCAGGUGACUGUGACUGAACAGUCUGAGACAGUAACAGUGGAUAGUGAGGGAUCAGGGAUGGAGACAGAGACAGAGACGGAAGACAAGGUCGAUCCUAAUUUGACUACAAACACAGUCCCCCUCAAUGAGAUCCCCUCUUCCAGUCCUGAAAGAACUAGUCAGGAAUCUAGGACCAUCACAUCAGAUCGACCUUACCCCAGACUCAGGUCACAAGGUAGAGGAGGUGCUGGAGGUAGACUGGGACAAAGAAGGAGGGGGCCAGUCAGCAAUAGACGCAUCUGGAGUAGUAGGUUUUUGGAUAAAACUUUCAGGAAAGUUGACCCACAGAAAUUUGCUCAAUUUAUGAAAAAGGCACAAGAUGGAUCAAGAAUAAAGACUGUCACAGAAGAAAGGGUAAACUAUGUAGACUCAAACAAUGGUCUCUCUGGUGAUAAUGAAAUUGGCUCUGGUGAGGCUCAUAAUGAAGAUCAACUCAUCAUUGUGCCAAGAAUUGUUAAACCAGCUACAGAUAAUCCACAGAAAGUUCGAAUAUUUAGACAGAAGAAUAGGCUGUCUAAAAUAACUACACAAACAGAUCAGCAUAGUAAUGUAGCACAUCAAAUCGAUUUAAAUGAAGUGACAGAAAAUAGAAACACACCAACAACAGAGUCAUAUAUGCAGUCGGAUUCUACAACAAUUGGAACCACAUUCACAAAUGAUGCAACAGAAAGGAGUGAAGUUCAAAGUGAUGCAGUUACACAUUAUAACACAAAUUUAGAAAAAAGUACUAAUCCAGGCCCAUACAGGCGCCCAGUCACUCUCCAGCUUACUGUGACAGACUCAUCACAGGAAACUCAGCUCCAAUUCUCAGGAGAACAACCUGCAGAGCCAGAGACGUCUACUUGGGCGGCGCCCUCAUUCACCACGGAUCCUAAUGUCACUCCAAUGAAAGAUGGCCCGGGCCCAGUGGAGCUAGUCAUACACACAUCCACAGACCCAGAAAGCCGGACGACAUUCACAGCCGUCACCACCACAGAGAGACAGCAAGAUGAGAUAACCUUCCACACUACACAAACAAUCAAAUCUCCACGCCUGCCUGCAGGAUCCACCAUCAUCUCCCGGCAACAGAUCCACAUCAUCCCACACAAGAACAGCAGAGGAGGGGGCCGCAGGAGAACCUUCCAAGGCCGCAGGAGGAUCAUUAAACCCAACAGGAUCACUGACAUACAGUCCUUCUUCAAUAAACGUAAACAGCCCACAGUGAAGAAGGAAGGCAAUGCCACAGUGCCAUACAAAAUUGAACUAACCACAGACUGUGACUGUGAUGAAGACAAAAAGAAGGUAGCAAACGCUGAUCUGCAGGUGGUCAAGCCAACCGUUUCCUCCAGUUCAUCUUUGCACAGAACAGAGAGACCUGCCUCUACACAAAAAACUGCAGCUACAAACUAUCAUAUUACCCAGACAGAGUCAAGGCCAGACGCUUCCAGUGGAUACAUAACCUCUGCUGAUGCCCCUGAGUUUGACCCCACAAUCGAUCCAGUUUUGGCCAGAACUAAAGAACCAUCAGUCUCUACCACGGCCACCACUACUACAACUGCCUCUAAGGUUAUCCGUGGACGAAUUCCAUGGAACCGGCUGUUUGGAGCUAGAGAGAGGGAGCAGAUACUGAGCAGGCUAAAGAGGCCAUUGAUCACCCAAAAAACUACUACUACUACAACCACAGCUGAAACUACAACAGCUACCCUAACCACAGUCCCUGCUGCUAUGCUUACCACAACUGCAAACUCGCUGGCUGAACCUGAAACUUUGUCCCCAUCCAGACACACAGGGAACAAAGAGGGCUCAUUAGAUGAUGACUAUGGAGAUUUGUCCUCUGCAGAUUUGGAGUUCACAACAUUGCAACCCAGCAUUCACCAUUUAACUACUACCAGUUCACGAUAUUACUCCAAGUCCUCCACCACUGCAGAAACGCCACCAGAAUCACAGACUUUACCUUCCCCACCUACUGUCAAACCACCUGCAAUUGAAAAUCCUGAUGAAGUCAUAUCGUCUGGGUCUGGGGGACAGCCUGAUAAUUGGUUUGUAACCAGACAGAGAUUUGGUGGGACAAAAGGACGACAAGGGCGGAGAAGGAGGCCCUUUAGGGGCAGGAGACCCUUCAAGAAACCAGCAAUCACUAAAUUACUACCUAGUACCACAACUGAGGCUUUAACGACAGAGGUAACAACUAUGGAAACUACAGUGGUGACAACCACACCACCUCAAUGGACUGUUUCACCCUACAGGCCUCUGUACAGACCAUCUAGCAAAGACGACAGAACCCCAGUAGCUGUUUCCACCGACCAAACGUCAAAGGAGGAGACUGACUUAUAUGAAGGAUUUGGCUGGAGCAGCGGUUUACCAGACUAUACUACAACCAAUACACCUUUGAUCCCCUCAACCACUUUUAUCCCCACCACCACAUUCAUGCCAACUACCACAAAAACACCUUACACAACAGUUAAGACCAGAGUCCACAGCAACAUCAGACCACCACCACGGAGGAGCUAUGGUCACAACAACCGUAGGCCACCAAUAAGAAGAAUCAGACCAACUGUGCAGAGCAGUGGUGCCAGAGACAGUGCAGAUAAACGCCUUACCUUAGACACAAUGACCAUCCUUAGAGCUGAGCAGGGAUACACUAUCACCCCUGCCCCAUACAACAAUGUAGGCACACACAAUCCCGUCUCUAGUGUUUAUAAUCAUGACACUGGCAAUGAAGAAACAACUACCAAUAUUGCUGAAUUUGAACACACUACAAAGGUCACGACAAGCAAACCUAAGAUAGUCGGGGGCAACGCAGCCAGCUUCACUGUGUUAUCCAACUCAGAUGCUUUCCUGCCAUGUGAGGCUGCUGGAAACCCCCAGCCAGUUAUAACCUGGAAGCGCUUCUCCUCAAGCACAGGAGGAACCAUUACCAUUAAGGGGAGGAUGGGCAAGUUUGAGGUGUUGAGCAAUGGCACACUGUCAAUCCAGAAUGCCAACAUUAAGGACCGUGGUCAGUACCUCUGUCUAGCUGAGAAUGAUCAUGGAUCAGACAAGCUGGUUGUCACCCUUUCUGUGGUAGCCUAUCCCUCACGCAUCCUGGAGCCAAAAAUACGUGACAUAAAGUCUCAUGUAGGCAACACUGUGGAGAUGAAAUGUAAAACUGAAGGUCGGCCCACACCCAUGAUAUCCUGGAUCCUGGCCAACCGAACCCAGGUCAGGGGUCAGAAUACAGAGAAUGGGAGGGUAUCUGUAUCUGCUGAGGGGACUCUGGUCAUCGAGCAGGUGUCUGUUUAUGACAGAGGUCAUUACAAAUGCAUUGCCAGUAAUCCAGCUGGAGCAGAUACUGCUACAGUGCGACUGCAGGUGGUGGCAGCUCCACCAGACAUUGUGGAGGAGAAACGGCAGCAGGUGAAAGCUGGUGUAAGCCAAAACUUGUGGCUACCCUGCACUGGCCAAGGUAACCCUCAGCCUACUAUUCACUGGGUCCUCCAUGAUGGAUCAAUGGUACGAUUUGGUCAACCAACCAGUAACACGGGGAUAUCAGUGUUUGAGAAUGGAACCCUCCACAUUAAGGAUGCAACUCAAGCAAACAGCGGGAAAUAUGAAUGUAUUGCUACAAGCUCUACUGGCUCAGAGAGAAGGGUGGUGACUCUGACAGUAGAAAAGCAAGAGUCUGCACCUCAGAUAGUGGCGGCAUCCGAGCGCAUGACCGAGUUGUUCUUCGGGGACCAACUGAGACUAAACUGUUCAGCUACAGGAGACCCUAAACCCAGGAUCAUCUGGAGGCUGCCCUCUAAAGCUGUGGUGGACCAGUGGCACAGGAUGGGCAGCAGAAUUCAGGUCCUGGAUAAUGGUACACUUAUUGUUAGUACUGUAAGUGAUAAAGAUGCUGGAGAUUAUCUCUGUGUGGCACGAAACAAAAUUGGUGAUGAUCUCCAACUCAUGAAAGUCCGCGUGUCAAUGAAACCAGCAAAAAUAGAGCCUAAGGUCCAUGGAAAGAAGCAAGUACCCUACGGUAAUGACUUUAAGGUGGACUGUAAAGCCUCUGGAGCACCAAAGCCAGAGAUCUCCUGGGGUCUACCAGACGGUACUGUUGUUAACAGAGCUCUUCAGUCUGAUGCCAGCAGUGGAGGAGGACGAGCACGCCGCUACACACUUUUUGACAAUGGAACACUCUACCUAAACCAGGUUGGUAUUUCAGAAGAGGGGGAUUACACCUGCUAUGCUGAGAACCAGGUGGGCAGGGAUGAGAUGCUUGUACAUAUCAGUGUGGUGACCGCUGCCCCCAGGAUACGCACGCCCAGCCAGACCUAUGCCAGUGUGAAGCCUGGAGAGAACAUCCGCUUUGACUGUGAAGCAGUUGGGGAACCCAAACCCAAGAUCCUGUGGAUGCUGCCCACCAACGAUGUGAUUGCAGCAUCUAAUGAACGCUACCUAAUGCACGUGAAUGGUUCUCUGGAUAUCAGGGAUGUAAAGGCUAUCGAUGCUGGGGAUUAUGUUUGUAUGGCUCGCAACCCCGCUGGAGAAAACAGAAAAGUCUACAAGCUUGAUAUAGAUGGGAAUCCACCUGUGAUCAAUGGCUACAAGCAGAACAGGACUGUAAUCAAAGAUGUAGCUGCUAAAUUUUCCAAGAAAUUCAUAGACUGCAGGGCAGAGGGCGAUCCCACUCCAAGUAUCACUUGGAUUAUGCCUCAGAAUAUCUUUCUGACAGCACCAUACUAUGGCAGCAGGAUUAAUGUCCACCCCAAUGGGACAUUAGAAAUUCGUAAUGUGCGGCCAACUGAUACAGCAGAGUUCAUUUGUAUGGCGAGGAAUGAUGGCGGAGAGGCAGUGAUGGUGGUGCAGCUGGAGGUGACCGGUAUGCUGCGAAGGCCGAUCUUCAAGAACCCCUUCAAUGAACGUAUUGUGGCUCGAAUUGGAAAAACCACAGUUUUAAACUGCUCUGCUGAUGGACAGCCAAAGCCAGAGAUAAUCUGGAUUUUGCCUAAUGGAACGCGGUUAACUGGCGAAACCGACCGUGGCCACCACCACCCAAGCAGCGAUGGGACUUUAGUGAUCUACAACCCUCACAAAGAGGAUGCUGGGAAGUACCGCUGUGGUGCCAGGAAUUUCAUGGGUUACAUAGAGAAGCUAAUAAUUUUGGAGGUUGGGCAGAAGCCUUACAUCCUGUCAAGGCCUAGGGGCAUCAUACGUAGUGUGUCUGGAGAACCUCUCUUCCUUCACUGUCUAUCUGAUGGGAGUCCUAGACCCAGAAUCUACUGGACCAUUCCUGGUGGCCACACUCUUACUCGGCCUCAAGUCCUCGGGCGUUACCAGUUACGAGAGAAUGGUACUCUAGUUAUUCAGGAUACUAGCCUACACGACCGUGGAAACUACAUCUGCAGGGCUCGUAACGAUGCUGGGGAGGCUGUGCUCACGGUCCCUGUUGUUAUCAUGGCCUACCCCCCACGGAUCACAACAGGGCCACCCCCCAAUGUAAAGGCAGUGACAGGGACACCUAUCCAGCUCAACUGUGCUGCUGUUGGGAUCCCCAAGCCAGAGAUAACCUGGGAGCUGCCUGAUGGCUCUGUUCUGUCAGCUGCAGAACAGGGCAGGCCUAAGGGUAGCGAACUGCUUCACCCUCAGGGCACACUUAUCAUACAGAAGCCUACAGCCUCAGACUCUGGCAUAUACAAGUGCUUUGCCAAGAAUAACCUGGGUACAGACUCAAAGGUCGCAUAUGUACGUGUACUUUAAGAGGAAGACAAGACUAAGGGAGGACAGUGGCAUGUCUGAAUAUAAACAUUACAAGACACACAAGACAUCACUUGUCUGUGAACAUGUGUGUGUGUGUACAUGUUUUCUCUUGUGGAUUUUUGAGGAUCGCAGCUUGUGGAAUAUUUUUUUCUUUAAAGUGACAAAUGUGGAAUACAAAAAUAAUCAGAGCACAAGAAGAGAAAGGAAACAGACAUUUUAAAGGGAAAAAUGUUUUUUUUUUUUUUACUGGAAAAUCCAGCCUGGAGCUAGAAGGUUGUUAUUGUAACUUUGGAACUAGAGGUCUGGAAAUUCAUAGGUGGUUCUCAUGGGAGCAAAAGGGUGCAUAGUCAAACUAAAAGUGAUUUCUCUGACCAAGCAUUGCUGGCCACACAUAGGGAUACUAUUUCAGCACAUAAAAACCUACUAUACAGAGAUGGAGAAAAGCAGUGUAACAGAAUGAAAGACUCCCAAGAGGGUUUUAACUCCCUUUAGACAUUGGCCAGAAGUUGUUGGUGUCAUGACAUGUUGUUUUGUCCGUUAACAGCAAAUGAAAGAGAGAGCAGGCAGAGUAUUCAGUAAAAUGUUUUUUCAAGAGUAAUUCAUUAAAUUUCUCAGUGGAAGAUGAUAGAUUUAUUCAGAAAAAAAAUAUAUGAGACUUGUUUUACACUGGAAACAUAUCUGCAUGGACAGUACCAGAAUUACGUCAGAUUUCUUGAUUAUGCUUUUUAUAUUUUGAUGUUCCUUUUUAUCUUAUCAAAGUGCAUUUCAUUGGUCAAAAAAUACAGAAACACACUCUCAGUCUAUUGUGUUGUACACAAGAAUUUACAGUAAUGUUAUACAUUAAUACUAAUCUGUUAUAAUACAGUAAGUGUAUAUCUAUUCGUAGUAUCUACUUUAUCAAAGUAUGGGAGAAAAAAAAUAAAUAAAAAAGUUUGUCAUGUUUUUAUUGUACUAUGUGAUACACCAAAAUCUUUGAAAUGAGAUGUGUUAUGUAUAUUAAAUGCAGUCUAUCAAUGCUACAGAUCAUUUGUUGUUGGUACGUGUAGGCUAUUAUAAUUGCUGUUGUAAUGGAGGCCAUUAGGUUAUCCAGUUGUACCUAACUCUGCAGAAGGAGGUCAUGCCUGUGGCUGCAGUAGAAAUCUUCCAGACACACUCAGUUUUAACUCUCCAGCUGUGAAAAUAGUUCUUCAUCCAGCUCGUCAGUGAGCCGGACCCACAGGGGAGUCUUUGAUAUUUGUUUGUGAUUGUGUGCCGAUUUUACUGCCCUGCUGCAAAUUAAACUGAGAGGGAAUGGGGCGAUGAUGUUGAGACAAGAAAAGUGGAACAAAGCCAUAUAUUUUUAAAAUCUGUAUGUAAUAGAGUUGAUUUACUUCACAUGUUAUUCUAAGAAAAGAUAGAACAUGUCAUAUGCAAAAAAUUAAAUGAAUGAAUAGUGAA